AUAUAUUCGCACUUAUCCGUCUCCAAAUUCCCUCCUAAUUCAGUGAGUGCGUGCACCGUGCACAGGGCAAGCUCUAGCCGCUGUUUACGUCCAAUACCAGUAUAUAAGAAUGGAAGAUAAACCCUCCACUUCACCCAUGAGCUUUGUUGAUCAAAUAGUAGUGCCAGGAGAUGUUGUUAUUGAUCUCUCUACCAUGACUAACCAGACUAUCAAGCUUGGUGGCGGCCUCCGUCAGGAAUCUGAUGCUAUCUCUGUCAUGAAAGCUGGGAAAUUGAGGUUCUCAAAGCCAAACAAAUACUGGGUGGAAAGCUCCCAGAAAAGGUACUUGCCUUGUGUGGAGGACACUGUUCUGGGUAUAGUGGUAGACUCCAAAGCAGAAAACUUUCUUGUAGACAUAAAAGGGCCUGCCCUGGCAUUUUUGCCUGUGCUUGCAUUUGAAGGAGGCACAAGGAGAAAUAUACCGAAAUUUGAGGGAGGUACUUUACUUUAUGUUCGGGUUGUGAAGGCAAACCCUGGGAUGAAUCCGGAAUUGUCAUGCACUGAUGCCAGUGGGAAAGCAGCAGAAUUCGGUGCUCUCAAAGAUGGCUAUAUGUUUGAAUGUUCAACUGGUCUAUCAAGAAUGCUGUUGAGCUCACCAACGUGCCCGGUUCUUGAGGCUCUUGGCAAUAAGCUAUCCUUUGAGAUAGCAGUUGGCUUAAAUGGCCGCGUUUGGGUGAAUGCAACCUCCCCUUCAACAGUCAUUAUUGUUGCAAAUGCAAUAAUGAACUCCGAGACUUUGAGUGGGGUUCAGCAGAAAAUCAUGGUGGAGAAACUGCUUCAGAAGAUUCAAACAUGAUUAGAGAACAGCCGACAUGGACUUUGUACCUCUCAGAUCCACCAUCUUCAUUAAAUGCGGAAUUUUGAAAAAACUGGACGGCUACCAGCUCACGGCUCAUGCUGGAAAGGCAUGGUAACCAGCUUGUAAUUCUAAAGGUGGAGUGAUAAUUCUGAGGCUUCCAAAACCUUUUAUCCCCUUUGCCCUUUUGAAACAAUGACCGAGUUAUUAUGUUAAGUCUAGAAGCAAAAGAACGGUCAAGGACAAGAAUGCUUCUUAGGGCUUUUGCUUUGGUUUGCUUUGUUUUGAUUUUUGAAUGAUAACAUUGGUACGUAAGGACCAAGAAUUAGAGCCGACCUGUUGCUUCUAGCAGCGGGCAUAUAUUUAAUGGUGAGAAUUAAGGAAGCCUGAUAUGCCUAAUCUAAAUGUAUGCAGCCUAACUGUAAUAAUACUUUGAUGGUUAUAAUUCAAGUUCACGUUUUCUGGUGUCA